GCGAAUUUGUCGUCAACUCAUGGAAGAACUGCAAGAAUGCUAAAUUUAUAUGAAUGCAGGAAGCGCAGUGCACAAUGUGCUUGGCUUUUAACCCGUCCGGCACUGAAGCCUAGCGGGAUGAAUAGGACACCAACGAUGUCCCGUACUCGACCAAUCCUCUUAUUGGCCACAAAAUAUUCGUCCAGCUCAGCGAAGGAGGAUGGCGAAAAUGAACGCAAGUUGAAGAUAGGAAAUGCAAUAGAUACCCUGCAAACGACACUCCCUUAUUUCUUUCGCGACGGUCUUGCGGAUCAUCAUAUGUACCACCCGCACAUCCUGUUACAUGAUCCACAAUACACCAAGAUUCGUAUACAUGGAAGAACCGCAUACAUAGGGGUUUCGGAAAUGCUGCGGUAUAGCGUCGACCUAUACUAUAGAGAUAUCACCUUUGAAAUACUAAAUAUGCGAGUAAUGGAUGAUACGAAACAAUCCCCAACACGGUUACAAGUGCGAUGGCAGCUGGAGGGCUUAUCUCGUGCUAGUGCAGUCAUGUCGUCUGGAGCAGUCACCAAAUCGACCUUUGAAGGAGUGUUUCAAUAUACCUUUGACGCCUCAGGAGACAUUUCGGAACACCGAAUAGAAAGUAUUAACCCAGCUCCCAGUCGCCGAGUUAUCUUUUUGCACGGAAUAGGCGGUAGAAUACGAGCAUGGUGGGAGAGAAGGAGACUCCCAGAACUAAGUCCAGGUAUGGGAUGUGUAUCCCACACUGACCAUUCGAUAACAGCCAAUUUAGAAAAGGCCCAGUCAUAGCCUGCAUACUCAUUUUCCCUUGUAAAAAUAUAUAAAGUAUAGCCCGGUAAACUCACGGCAGAACUCAUGA